GUCGCAGCCAGGCGAAAUCGAACGCAAGAUGGAAGAAUGUAUUUGGACAAGCACUAUCAUCUACACCAUUGGCGGAUGGAACAAGGACAGAAGCUUCACAGCAGACUUCACAUAGUAAGUGGCGUCAAACCUGCUAUGUGUGAAUACUGAUUUUGGGGGUGCUCCAGUAUGCAUCUCGUCACCUCAAGUCUCUUCCUUCCAUCACUGCUGGCUUACCUGCCACAAAACUCACAAGUUCUUUUGCUUCGCGGAUACUUUGCAUCGACUCUUGGGUGGUGGAUCACAUGCGGUUUCCCUAGACUGGACAUUCAAGGCUUCAUGAGCGCCACCUCACGCCCUUCGUCAGAAAUCAAGGUCGCUAACCCAUUCCUCGAUAUUGUUCAGUCUGUGAUAACGCACCCAAACGAACAUAUGCCUAAGAUUCAGCGCGCUUUUGCGCAUUUCUCAUCCAUUUAUGGCGCACGGCCCAAGGGUUACUUCAAGGAUACGGAACUGGAGGGUGCAGAAGCUCUAGAUGGAUCGCUCUUCCUUUUGGCUGCGAGAUUGACUGGGGAGUAUAUGAGCGAAGGUAGGUUCUGGAGCCUAGGAGGGUUUCACCGUUGAACCAAUGACUGUACAUUUCAAACUUGUCAAAUGUGUUGAUCGUCUGAUAUCGCCCAAGACACAGCGAUAUAUCCAUUCACAAGGGGCACACAGCACAUGGAUAUCUGUCUUCUUUCUGAACCUCAGGCUGGAGCGAGCGGACUCCAUUCCACCCUAAAAUAUAAAUCCCGAAAUCAGGAUUCUUAGAAGAAAUCAUAAUAUAAUGUUUCUAGGCACUAGCAUAAGCCCGGAUCGAUAUGAUAAUUAAUUCAAGUUGCGUAUUACAAAACACCAUUUGUAUGGUAAAAUACUAUGAAAAACAUAAACUGAUGGGCCUUGUUUUUGAUGGAUUGAUG